AUGGUCAUGGAAGAAGAUACUGACAUCAAACUAAAAACGCGGUUUUUGGGCCAAGUUCUGGUCUUAUACGCUCGUCCACCUCUUCAGAUAGAAAACUUUUUCUCACUUCUAAAAGAGGCUUGUCAGCAACCAAGCUCUCAUCCAAUAACUGUUAAAUGGAUUGACGAAGACGGUGAUCCUGUUUCGAUUGACAGCCAACGAGAACUGGACGAAGCGGUUCGCAUAUUGCAACAGAGUGGUGAUGCAGAACUAAAUAUUCAUGUGUUUCUUGGUCAGCCCGCUUUACCCGGUCUCCCAUGUGAAGGAGAGGAUCGUAAGUAUGAAGUCUUUCAAAAAAGGGAU